UUUCCGGGAAGAGGCUGGGCAUUCUGGCGAAGAGCCACAGUUAUAUCAGACAGAAGCAGAGACUUUGCUGAAUUCAAGAGUUCCAGCCCGGCUCUCGUCCCAGCUAAAGGCAACCUCCGGAACAAUGCAGAGCUUUCUUCCCACCUGCCUCUUGGCCACCUUCAUAGCUACAGGAGAGUCUCUUUCGUGUGAGCAUUGUUUCUCCGUGGGCCCCACCUGUAAGGGACCUUUUGGGGAGUGUUCUUCUGAUACAGACACAUGUGGCAUCAUACAGCUAAGAUCCUCGGGAGUGUUUGAGGAAGAGGCCAUCGGGAAGGCUUGUCUCCAUUCAAAAUUAUGCAACAACCCCAUCCGUUAUCUUGAUUUUGGCAUCAUGCAGCAGAUACUGGUCAAAACAACUUGCUGCGUGGGAGAGGAGUGUGAGGUCAUUCCGCCAUUGCCACCCAUCAAUGCCAUCCCCAAUGGGAACAAGUGUCCAGCUUGCUAUUCUAUGAGAAAACGUGACUGCAAGGGCGUGGUUGUAGAAUGCACGGGAGACAACACCUAUUGUACCGAGCUCAUGGUGGAUAAAAGCUUUGGACAUCUGAACAUCAGCUUUGUCCUGAAAGGUUGUACCAACUAUGAUGUCUGCAACGAUGAGUUUCUGGGUUCCUCAGAUCUCAUCACCUUGGAACGUUGUGUGGCAUCUUCUGGAACUUCGAUUGCCUUCCCAGGAUCUGGGCCUCCUACUGCCUUUCUAGGAUCACCUCCACUCUUCCUUCAAACCUUUUCUGGGCUCCUCCUACUCAAGAUCUUUCUCUGAUAAGCUCUGCUGUAGAGAUAUGUAACAGCUGCUUGAGUGAUUCCUUCUUGCUGCUUCCCUUCCUUCAAAUACAAAAUACAAAUUUUCCACAGGA